ACGUUCCUCACAUUGUGUACGUCAAUUAAUGAAUGUACACGGAUGUUUAACGAGCUGUACAUUUUUUUGAGUGGAAGUCAGAAUGAGAGCAGAUUUGGGAGCGUCAAACCCUCUGGCGAAAUAUUGUGCAACUCCCCUCGUACACGACGCCGUACGCAGGGUUUUAAAACUUUCAAGAUGGAUGAUGGCGCCUCGUUUAGUUUCUCUUUCCUUUCCAAAGUCGUCCACUGCUCAAGUGUGAAGCCUCGUCGGUUACUUUUACCGGACUCACUGCCACUUUCAUCGGAAUGACGUGUAAAAAAGUGGCUUUCAUACGUUGUAUUAUCGAUUUGUUUUUUUAUGUGCUACGUGGCCUGGAUUGUGACUUCCUGGUUGUGAGACCAACGUUUGUAUUUUUUCUUCUUAAUCUUCUAGGUGAAGAAAGUGAAAGAAGUCGGAAGGAUUUAUUUGAGUCACACAUUUUGACAUCAUGUUUGAAAAGGGAGCUAUUUGUCUCGGAGUUUGGACACAAGAAGACAUUUGAUACGCUCGGAAAUGGAAAGUGGAAGCGAUCGGAGUUUAGGUGUUUUAAUACCGGUGUGUGAAAAUUCGAAUGAUUUCAAGAAGAAAAUUUUGCUUCCAAUCCAAAGUGCGUACUUGUAUGAAGAGUCAACGGAGGCUUUCAAAUAUCAAUUUGCUGUCCUCAUUAAGAAUCCAGCAUUGGAAACAAAGUAUGCUGCCUUUCGAGAAAAGAAAAAACAAGCAGGGUAUACAGAAGAGGAUCUGGAGGAGACGUAUGGCUUUUUGCUGUUUGAUGACAUCAACAAGGCUAAUGCACUCGGGCAGACAGGAGUGCUCACCGGGACGAGCACCUGUUCAAGUUUGGGAGACCCCUUGAAGGGUGUUUACAUAUCAAUGUACUCUGACUGUUUGGAACCAGAGGGCUUGCAUGAUAGCAAAUCAGGCUACAUCGCCAUCAUCAGGCUGACAACGGGAAGAGUUAGAAGAGUUUCCGAGAACCACAGCCAAGAUUUAACAGCACCCACCGAGGGAUUUGACUGCCACGUGUCUCAAAACUUGGCCUCGGUAUCACCCCGAACCAGCUUCCGUCUGGCAUUUGAAAGAACCCAAUGUUACAUUUAUGAGCUGCUCGACGAUGGAAGCAAUGGGACAGAGCCUUCUCCCAGCUUCACUUGUCCUUUUGCUAUUGUGGCAUUUUCUUAUACAAACAAAGGAAGGAAAAGACGUUGGACUCCACUGGCGAAAAGAGUGGAGACACAACUGGGGAGGCAACCUCGUGACCUCAUCUCAUCAAAAAUUCUCAGAAUUUUGCCAGUCCUAAGCUAUGCAGGAGGUGAAGUUGAGAAACAAAACACUGAUGCGAACAAAGGACUUUAUAAUGUAGUGGCACACCCUGUACAGACAUAUACAGUUGUGCUAAAUCCUGUUCUGCCAGCAUGUCCUCCUGUUGGACCUGGGAUUCAUUACAUCGCCCUAUCACCUCCUAAGCAAGCACUAGCCAGUCCUUCGCAAAUUGGAUCAGAAAACCAGCUUAACUGUGAAAAGGAGUGUGAUAUGGACGAAGUCGGUGUAACAGGCUUCCCUCGGAUUCAUUCUCUAAAUGAUGUGCGAGUGCCGAACAAACCCGACAAUCCUGGGCUGAUGAACCUCUCGACUACUUCGACGUCCGAUGACGUUCCUGCUGAGCUGAUUGUGAGCUUCACCUCUGAGCAAUCUGUAACUGAGAAGAGUCCAAUCAGUACUUUGUCAACAAGAAAGCCUUUGUCUGACGAACACAGGAGGGAUUUGGAUUGUCCAGAAAUGGCUAAUCUCACAAUAAACCAACAAAGACUUGGGGAACUUUCCUCCAAAGGUCACAAAAAGACAGCUAAAGCAUCUUUUGAGACUGCUGAAUUAGAAAAAGUCCAAAUACCCUCAGAAGAUGAGACGCUUGAUAGUCAGUCUGACCAGGAGCCUGAAUCAGCUCGCCAAUCACACCAAAACGCAACAUCAAAUAAAGAUUGUGAGACCUUCUCAGCGCAUACUGUUAGCAACUGCUCAUCAAGAAAUGAAGUCAGACCACCUACUGUUGAAUCAGUAACAACAGACGCAGAAAGACCGACAAUGGGAAGCACCGUAAUGGACCGGGAAGGUCCAAAAUGUGAGCGUUGGAACCUGAGGCCAGUCAUCAGUGAAUGUGGUAGAAUUUUAGUCCCUCAUGGCUCAUGGAGAGAUACUACUCAUCUGAUGAAGUCUUCAAAUGAGCAACAUCAGUUCUCUCCUCCCCUUCCACCUGCGUCUAAUGCAGUUGGAAAAGUGCAGCAGUCCAGCACUGCUCCAGGAUCAGCAACAGGUGGGACUGUAUUGAUCGAUUCCAAGACUGGAGGCAAUUAUCCUCAAAAUGUUGCUAGUCCGGAGCAAAGCACAGCGCAAGAGUCAGAAGAUCGUGACGACACGCUUCCACCAGAAGACAUUCAGGAACACAGUGGUACCACCAACUCUGAUCAGUGUGUCACAAAAGAUGAACCGAAAAGCAUCCUGUCAAAGAGAAAGCAAACAAAACACUACCUCACUUUACAUGAAACUGACUCAGAUCCAACUACUGAAGCUGACCCUUCUUUGAAGAACAGCAAAAGUUACUCCAACGUAAACACGAAUGCACCUGACACCAUAACAGGCCUCAAGGAAGACUCUAUGCAGACUUCUGACGAAACUACACAUGCAAUAAAGGAAACCGGGGUUCAGCAUCCUCAAGACUCAACGCAAGCAGCCACUAUCAAACGCAGGCCCCCGUCAAUUUUCCCAUUGUGGAAGCAGAUCAAAAAGCUCAAAAAGCACCAAGACACCUCUAAGCUACACGUUAAAAAGAAAUGGCGGUUGCAUUUUCAAACCCCAUCCAAUGAAACCUGCAAACAGAGCUCUCGGCAUAACGCUCUCCAGAAGAACAUACACACCUCUAACAGAUCUACAGAUGCUUUGAACUUACUUGCUGAUUUGGCACUGGGGGCCGCUAAUGAACAGGUUGCUCCGCAACCAGGCGAAGAACAGAAGGGUGACAAUGCCAAAGAUGUUGCAAGUGCUAAUCAAGUGUCACUUCUUCAUGCUCUUCUGCGGAAGCCUUUCUAUAAACCCACUCAGCCUCUUGAGUCAAGCGCUCAUGCAGAAGGCAUGGAGUUGGUUAGUUUGUUGUGUAAAGAACACGCUUACUCAUUGUACCCCUCUGUGGGUUUACCAGUCACACCCUUCCAGGUGUCCCCUUUGAGUGGUUCUACUGGACUGCUGUACCACCAUCAGACAAUGUAUGGUAUUGAAGCAUGCUUCUCUGAUCACCACAGUGAAAACAGUCACAUGACUUCAAAACAUGUGAAGAAACGUAUGAAAAUGUUCAAACGCUACCGCAGUUUUGUUGACCAGGGUGGGUCUGUCCAAGUGACACGGCAAUGGAAAGAGAAGUAUGACUUCAAUCGAGACAGCAGGUUUUCAGUUGAGUCAAAGAACAGAAGCAUCAUACGAGCUUUACACGGCCCAUGGAAUCACUCUAUUGAAGACACCAACGAAGAUGUGCAGCUUGUCGUCCACAUGUGGAUCGGUCUCUUUUAUAGCCGCUCGACAGCGAGGUUCUUUGAUGUUAACUUGGACCUUACAAACUCAUGCUUGGAAGAGCGUGAUUGUUUGGAAACAACGCUAGCUCAGUCUGAGCUCAAGGGAAAUCCGUUUGCGUUUCCUCAGGGUGUGGCAGAGACUACAGACCCUUCCAUUUCUAACACUUCGGACCUAAGCAAAAAGGUGACCUCUUUGGAUCAAGAAUCUGAUAUACUGGACUUGUCUCUGAGGAACCCCAAUGUAGAGAUUGUGACUUCCAGCCCACAAACAUUGGAGGGUCAUGAAACGACUAUUGUCCGUGCAGAAACAUCAAAUGAAGGCAGUGAUGUCAGCAGGGAGUGCAGUUGGACACACUUGGAAGAAGAUAGCUACCUGAAGGGCACUGGUGAAUUUUGUCAACACAAAGAUGUAACUGAGAAUCACCUACAAGGACACAAGGAUAAUCGGGAAAAUCAUGGUACGAUUGUCGGAGUGGAUCAUUGGUUGCAUGGAUCUAAUAGGGACAAGAUAAAUUUGAAAGGUGGAUCUGAAAAUAAUUCAGGAGACAGAAAUUUGAGCAUGGUGCUAAAACAUGGAAUGGAUUCCUCUGUGGCAGAAAAGGAGGUUGACAAAGAUUUGAAUGAUCCAGUACUUCAUAUAGAAGACGACAAAGAACCACAAACAUUCUGCAAAGGAAGUCUUUUGGCGACUGGAAGACAGUUAGCAAGAACGCAAUCUGAAGGUGUGCAGGCUGAGAUCCUUAAAGACGACAGGGAUUGGUGUUUUGUCAAGAAUGAUAUCUGCAUUUCAACAAGUAUAAGGGUUCUACAAACGAGAGACACUGUCCUCCCAAUGUCAAGCACGGCUGACGAAUCCAGUGAGAUUGGGACAACUGAUGUGAAGCACACUCUUGAUCAACCUUCGGAAUCGAGCGUGUAUGUUUCCACUUUCCCCGGCCCGAGUUGCGCACGAGAUGACACAAAGAACAAGAAUGCAGAGCCAGUUCAGGCAGCAUUUACCUCAGAAACUCCACAAUCAUCUGAAUCUUCAGAGGAUUCAGUGGGGCUACUGUUAAAAAGUAAAUCAGAGAUGAACCCUGUGGAUGGAUCAAUCUACAAAGACACGUCUGAUAGAGGUGAAGACGAAAUAUCUCAGAGAACCAGUGAAAUUUUGAUUGCAGAAACUGAAAAAAUGAGCACGGACAAAUUGCUCCAGUGCCGUCAAAAUGACUUGAAAAUGGACAAGAUGUGUCCAAGGAAUGAUCUUGGUUGUCCGUCUGAGUCCCAGGGUCCAUUAAAGCAAGAUAUGGGCGAGAGCUUUCAGAUUAACCCGGCAUCCUGUAAAAGAAAAUACAGAUUCUACAUAUUACAAACAUCGGAGGAUUCCUUCUAUGAGGAAACAAAGGCCCAGUUAAAAGCAGAAGGCCAUACAGCUGUGCUGCCAUUCCAAUUCUUCCUCCAUGGUGAGGGUUAUUCGUCUCUGCUCAUUGUCGUCAGGAAUGAAGACAUAGCAGCACGCAUUUGUGAGGUUCCAUACCUACUCGAGUUAAAAAAGUCGCCGCAUGUGCAGUUUGUUGGAAUCGACGAACCAAACGACGUGAUGAAUCGCACCUAUCAGGAGCUCUUUGUCAACGGCGGCUUUGUGAUGUUUGAUACGGAAGCGCUGGAAUCCCUCAGCCUCUACAAAUUGAGAAAAUUCUUGGAAAUCUUACAAGGUCUUAACAAAACGGGGAAAUGGAAAUGGUUCUUACACUACAGAGACAGUCGGCGAUUCAAAGAGAAUGCAAGGUUCAGUACUGAUGCAGAGGAAAAGAAGAACUUCUUAAGAUGGUGCAGAAUAUAUCAGCCCGUUUUCCUGUGUUUGUAACUGAUUCAAGAACCAGUGAAUUUGAGGAGAGCGGGAUUUUGACAACAACUGUCGACUCUUUUCUGAUGAGUUUUCUAUGUGAUACACUUACAGUCUGACCUCAGUCGUUCAUGCACGACAAAACAAAUCCACCUCUGUUAUUACUAUAUCAAGCCUCAAGAGCCAUUAUUGCUGGAGAGAAUGUUGCUGACAUGUUACAUCUGUUGUCCCGUUCAUGUAGUUUAUUUUUACAACCAAAGCAAUAAGUUAACAAAUAUACAGAAAUGCAGCUGUGUUGAUAAGUUUAAAUAUUGUUUUAUAUCGAAUGGUUUGUUAAAGACGUUUCAUAUUUUUAUUACUGUUGGUUGGUAACUAAUUUAAAACCAUCUAUAUACGAUUUGGUUUCAGUGAAAUGGCACUGGUUUCAGUGAAAUGACAGAAUGUGCUUAAAAAAAUAAACCAUGUAAUGCAGCUAAGUAAAUGAGUCACCGUUUCAUUCACAAUAUAUGAAGGCACACACAGAAACGAACACCGGGUUUUAAGGAAUUUCUGUCUCAAAAGUAGAUCAGUGGUCACCAACUUUUUUGAGGCCAAGAUCCCUGCGCAAGAUCUAAAUGACGUUGAUCUAAAUGCCCUUACAUGCUAGACAGAUUUACUCUGCCAGGGAAAAGUGCCCCCGCCAACUGGAAAGGAGCCCGAGCACGGCUGGGAACGCCAGCCCACCACGUCCCCAGGGAGCGGGGCCACGUCGGCCCCCCGACACAGGACCGCCCUGCCCAUGGACGGAGGAGGUAUCAUCCCCCCCCACCCCAUGGAGGCCCGGGCGGCAGAGGUGGAACACACAGCACACAUGGAGCCAGCCUCCAUGUACCCCCAUAAAAAAUAAAAACACUCACACACCGUGGUCUGUGGAAAAUACUCUGGUCUGAUGAGACAAAGUUGUUUUUGGAAGAUGUGUGUCUCAUCACAUCUGGGGUAAAGGUAAUGCCGCAUUUCAGAAAAAAAACAUACCAACAGUAAAUUCUGGUGGUGGUAGUGUGAUGGUCUGGGGCUGUUUUGCUGCUUGCAUU